AUGGCGGCAGUAACGAACGAAAGGAAUGGCAAGGAGGUGAUGGCGCUGCUUCUUGACCGACGAGGAUACGAGCUCCCCAUCACAGAAGAAGUGGUCAAGGCGGCAGCAAAGAACAGAAGGAAUGGUAUGGAGGUGAUGGCGCUGCUUCUUGACCGACGAGGAGACGAGGUAUCCAUCACAGAAGAAGUGGUCAUAGCGGCUGCAGGGAACAGAUGGAAUGGCAAGGAGAGAGUUGUUAAGGCGGCAGGCAAUGGCAAGGAGGUGAUGGCGCUGCUUCUUGACAGACGAGGAGACGAGCUCCCCAUCACAGAAGAAGUGGUCAAGGCCGCAGCAGGGAAUUCGAGGAAUGGCAUGGAGGUGAUGGCGCUGCUUCUUGACCGACGAGGAGACGAGCUCCCCGUCAUAGAAGAAGUGGUCAAGGCGGCAGCACGGAACACAGGCAAUGGCAAGGAGGUGAUGGCGCUGCUUCUUCACCGAAGCCUACUGACCAGAUCGUUUAUCUCUAGUGCUGUUUUAUGUAUUGCUGCUGCUUGUAGCCAACUCGACAUUCUUCGCUUCCUGUCCUGCCAAGCCUGCAUCGUCACUGUUCAAGAGGAGGAUUUUGCCAUCGCCAGACUGUAUAACGCGGCAGCAUCAGGAACCACAACCACAGUGAAAAAGCUUCUCCAGACCGGAAUACCACCAGAUACACAGAACAUAUGGGGCACAACAGAAUCGCUGAGACUCUUGAGAAGUGACUGUCUCUGA